AUGGAAACCUGUCGAACGAACGUGUCUGUGGAUUUGUUUGUCCGACGCCGUUGGCUCAAGCUGUUUGAUAUCCAGAGCAUCGGAACACCAGUGGCAGGGCUGGUUGAGCCUCUCUGGCAAGGUUUGUGCCCGACUCAACCCCAGGGCCCGCCGUCGCCGCCCCCCCCCUCCGGACGCGAUGCGCGCUCGCUCGUGCCCCGUUGCUCGCGGCCUCGCCGCUUGCUGGCUCGCCGCACGCGGGCUGGCGGCGGGGUCGCCUGGCGUGCUGCACGAGGCGCCGCCGCUGCCGUGCGGAUGGAGAGCGUCUUCGCAGUCCGUGGCCGAGGGGGAGAGCGGGUCACGCUGCGGCUCUCCCUGAAGCAGCAGGGCGUGGCGAGGCUCCAGGAGGCAGCCGAGCGCGUGUCCGAUCCCUUCAGCACGUCGUACGGCCAGCACCUGACGCGCGAGCAGGUGGAAGCGCUCGUGGCCCCGCUGCCCAGCGACGUGGCCGCGGUAGAGGGCUGGCUGCGCGGAGAGGGGCUGCUCUUCAGCCGCCCCGCCGUGGAGGUCUUCGAGGUGGCCCUCGCGGCGCGCGAUGCCGAGCGCCUGCUGCGCACGCGCCUGGGCGCCUUCGCGAACAGCGCCACUGGCCAGCGCGCCGUUCGCGCGGAGGACUUCAUGCUGCCUCCCGAGGUGGACGCCGCGGUGGCCGCGGUGUAUGGCCUGCACGGCCUCCCGCUGCCGCCGCGAGAGGCGGCGGCACCGCCGGGUCCCCCGGCGCAGGCAGCGAACGUCACGCCAGAGGUGCUCGCCACGCGCUACGGCAUCUCGGGCGUGACCCCGUCGGGCUCGGUCGGCAACCGCCAGGCGGUGGCCGAGUUCCAGGGCCAGCUCAUCGCCCAGAGGGACCUGGACAAGUUCUUCGCCGACUACGUGCCCAGUGCCGCCGCGCGGUCUUCGAAGAUCUACAGGUACGUGGGCAACAAGGGAACCGGGCCCAGCGGCGUCGAGUCUGCGCUCGACGUGGACUACAUCAUGGGCGUGGCGCCGGGGGUCCUCACUGAAUACUGGUACUGGGGGGGCAUGGACUUCUGCGCCGACCUCAAGAACUGGACUGGCACCAUCCUUGCGAGCGACAGCCCUCCGCUGGUGCACUCCGUGUCGUACGGGUGGCAGGGGAACCUUUCGCAGGUGGGCUGCAAGCCCGCCAACGUCCAGGACGUAGAUGUCAACCUGAUGAAGUUGGCGGCCCGCGGCAUAACCAUCCAGCGGCGACUCGGGCUCUGGCUACACCCCCAGAUGUGA